GACAAAUGUCUUCUUUCUGGGAAAGAUCGGUAGGAUUUGGCACCCAAAGCAGAGGUUUGAAACCAUGGAUGAUUGCCCUUAUUGUGUUAUUACUGGCAGUGGUAACUGUGGCCACUGGUCUUCUGGCUCACUUUUUAGUCUCUGGCCAGAAAAUGGAAUAUUAUCAUGGCACCUUUAAAAUUUCAGAUCUACGAGUCAAAAGUAAUUCUGGACAAAGCAGCCCAUACCAGCUUAAGGACUUACAGGAGAUGAGUGAAAACUUGGUGGAUGAGAUAUUUAUAGAUUCGGUUAACAAGCAUUAUAUCAAGAACCAAGUAGUCAGACUGACUCCAGAGGAAGAUGGUGUGAGAGUAGAUGUCAUUAUGGUGUUCCAGUUCCCCUCUGCUGAGUCAAGGGCAGUGAGAAAAAGGAAAAUCCAGAGCAUCUUAAAUGAGAAGAUAAGUAACACCAGAGUUUUGUCAAUAAAUGCCUCAUCAGUUGAAGUUAAUGCAAUGAGCUCAUCGACAGGGAAGCUAACUGUCCAAGCAUGUUGUGGUAAACGAGAUGCUCCAUUAAUAGUGAACAGAAUAAUGUCUGGAGAGAUUGUGGGCAAGUCUGCCUGGCCUUGGCAAGCUUCCCUUCAGCAUAAUAACAUACAUCAAUAUGGGGCCACCUUGAUUAGUAAUACGUGGCUUGUUACCACAGCGCACUGCUUUAAGAAGUAAUAAAGCAAACCACAUCAAUGGACUGUUAGCUUUGGAACAACAAUCAACCCUCCAUUAAUGAAAAGAAAUAUCAAAAGAAUUAUUGUCCAUGAGAGGUAUCACUCCCCAGCAAGAGAAUACGACAUUGCUGUUGUACAAUUAUCAUCCAGCGUCACCUUUACUGAUGAGAUCCGAAGAGUUUGUUUGCCAGAAGCCUCUGUGUCCUUCCAACCAAAUUCAACUGUCUAUGUCACAGGAUUUGGAGCACUUUUAUAUGGUGGGGAAUCCCAAAAUGAUCUUCGAGAAGCCAGAUUGAAAAUCAUAAGUGAUGAUGUGUGCAAGCAGCCACAUAUGUAUGGCAGAGAUAUAAAAUCUGGAAUGUUUUGUGCUGGCUAUCUGGAAGGAAUUUAUGAUGCCUGUGGGGGUGAUUCUGGGGGACCUUUAGUUGGAAAGGAUCUUAAAGAUAUCUGGUAUCUCAUUGGAAUUGUGAGCUGAGGAGAUAACUGUGGGCAAAAGAACAAACCUGGAGUCUACACAAAAGUGGCUUAUUACCAAAACUGGAUUACUUCAAGAACUGGCCUCUAAUUCACUAUACAAGUUAACCAUUGACAUGUAUGCAGGUCAUACAUGUAUGAGAAUCCAUAUAUUCUGUGGUUAUAGUACAAUGAAGUGAGAUUAAAUGAUAUGAUUUAUUUCAGAAUCACUUUAAUCAAUCAAAAUCCCAUAGCCAAUUUGUAAAGGAUUUAAAUUUAUAAGGUAGUGGGUCAGUUUAGCCUGGCUUGAAAAAUACAGCAGAGAUACUGAGCUCUUUAAAUCAGCAAGCUAGAGUAUAAAAGAGGAGCAAUGCAAAUUUUUGAAGAUAAUCUGUAAGAUUUUUAGAGUGUCUUUUUCCCUUAAGUGAGAAACUUUUUGAACUCUCAGAGUUUAGGAAACCCUUACAUAAUUUUCUAUCAUUUCUCCAGAGGUCACAAAUACUUUUUUCUAGUUCUUACAGGUUUUCCAAAGAAAUUUUCCAUACUUUCUAUUUAUAAAUCCAUUGGAGGGAUCCUAUUUUUU